GAGUAAAGAGGCAGAUCCAGGAACCUGCCGGUACUUUGGACCUCCUUCCUGAAGCCUCCUGGCCCAGAACCCUGUCAGCACCUGGAGCUGCUCUGCUCUCAGAGCUUCAUCCCUGCUGUCCAACAAGGAGGAUCCUGGGCUCCAAACAGCGCUGCUGAGCUGAGGAGGAUUUCAUGCUUUUCUGCUUCAUUUAAUCUCAUUUUCACCUCAUCAACAGCCUGGAUUUUCCAGACAGCUCUGCUUAAAAAAAAGGAGACCAACAACAACACUUGGCCUUGAUUUGGACUGAUUUCCAUCCUUCCUGGACCAGCGGGUCCAUUCUGAGCUGGAUGGUGAUGUCUGCUUUACCAGGAGCGCUUCCGUUUCCCAGACAGGACUACCAGCGCACUGGGCUCCCACUGGAAGUGUCCACUCCUCUGGGGCAGGGAAGGAUCAACCAGCUGGGAGGGGUUUUUAUAAACGGUCGGCCUCUGCCGAACCACAUCCGGCACAGGAUAGUGGAGAUGGCCCACCAUGGGGUCCGGCCCUGCGUCAUCUCCCGGCAGCUGCGCGUCUCUCACGGCUGCGUCUCCAAGAUCCUCUGCCGGUACCAGGAGACUGGCUCCAUCCGGCCUGGAGCCAUCGGCGGCAGCAAACCCAAGCAGAUUUCCACGUUGGACGUGGAGACGCGGAUAGAGGAAUAUAAAGAGGAAAACCCUGGAAUAUUCAGCUGGGAAAUACGAGAUAAACUGCUGAAGGAUGGAGUGUGUGACAGAGGCACCGUUCCUUCAGUGAGCGCGAUCAGCCGCGUCCUUCGACAUCGAUUUGGAAAGAAGAAUGAGACGGAAUGUGAGAAGAAGGAGGAAGACGGAGGAAAAACCAGCAAACACAGCAUAGACGGGAUCCUGGGGGACAAAGGAAGUCAUAUGGAAGACAUGUCCGAUGUGGAAUCGGAACCUGAUCUUCCUCUAAAGAGGAAGAAGCGCAGAAGUCGGACCACCUUCACAGCAGAGCAACUUGAGGAGUUGGAAAAGGCGUUUGAGAGAACACACUACCCUGACAUCUACACCAGAGAGGAACUGGCCCAGCGAACCAGACUGACUGAGGCCAGGGUUCAGGUAUGGUUUAGCAAUCGCAGAGCCAGGUGGCGCAAGCAAGCAGGAGCCAGUCAACUAGCUGCGUUCAACAACCUCAUGCCCAAUGGAUUUCCCUCUGCAGGGGUGUCGACAUUUUCAGCAUACCAGCUUUCAGACUCAAGCUACCCCAGUCUUUCCUAUGGUAAAGCAGAGAAUGAUGACGCAGUUCAUCGACCACAACCUCUACCUCCAUCCAAUGUGCACCAAAUGGGUUUGUCAAGUGCUGACAGUGCUUCGACCUAUGUUCUUUCCUCCAACCGCCAUGGGUUCUCCAGUUAUCCUGAUGCCUUUGUGAGCUCUGCAACUCAGAGCAAUCCUGUUAGUAAUGGACUUUCUCAACAGGUUAUGAGCGUCUUGAGUAACUCAUGCAGCAUUUCCUCACAGCCACACCGUGACUUCUCACUGUCACCUCAUCCAAGGACUUUGGACCCUUCAAUACACAAUAUCAGGCAAGCCAACUGCAGUCAGCAUUCAGCAGAGGUCUCAGUUAAGACGGUGGAUAGCCUUCCUUCAUCUGAUUCUUACUGCCAAACCACAUACAGCACAACUGGCUACAGCAUGGAUCCAGUCGUAACAGCUGAAAGUUACCAGUAUAGUCAGUAUGGCCAGAGUGGCGUGGAUUACUUGGCGAAGAACGUUAGCCUCUCCAGUCAGCACACGGUGAAGGUGACCAACCACUCCGCUGUACUGGGGCUCCUGCAUGUGAAGACUGGUCCAGCCUACUAGUACUUUACAGAGAAAACCAUCAACUGCUGGUUGUCUGAAUAGCACAGGACACCCAAACCUCCCACAGAGGAUUUUUCAUCAAUGCCAGAUUAUUAUUAUUAUUAUUUCCACCGAACUGACAGAGCCAAAAACUGGAUUUCUGUUUCUGUAAACCUUUGGCUCCGUCUGUGGAUCAGAGGGAAGCAGCAGAGUCCUACUGGCUAAUGUUUGUAACUUGCCUGGUAAUGCUUGCCUGGUUUGGACGCAUACAUGGUAACAGGUGGUAUUAAAAGAAAUGUUAAUAUUACAAACUUUGACUUGGUUUUAGAGAUACUAUUCUUUUGGGAUGCAGUCGUUUAAAGGAAAAGUCCGCUCAUAAUCAGAAUUCAAACUUCUGAAAGUUCUUUAAAUAUUAAAUUAUUCCAUCCUGAUCAAUAAAUGAUGAGGGUUUUUAAUUCAUAGU